ACCAAAUAUCUAUAACAUCGCCGACACAAAAUCAACAAUACGUUAUCGGCUCAACAAUCCCAAUCGCCGGAAAAGUCCAAUACGAAGGUCUUGCAUAUCUCGAAAAUAUAACGUUACAGACUUUAGAUGGCGAUACUGGAGAAGUAAUUGAUGACAACUUUUACAACACCACUCGGCAAGAUUUGGACGAUGAUCGAGCAUUUAGUACAACGUUGUUUCUUGAUCCCGAAAUUUAUGUGCCUAAAGGUCAUCAACUUGAUAAUGAUGAUGUGGCGACAGGAAUUUAUACGAUUCAUGCAAUUGGAGAUUGCACAUAUUUUAAUGUAACUAUCGGCGAAAAACAGCGGAUGCAGAUUUUUGAUGAUGUGAAAUUUAUGAUUGUUAACGAUACUAAUCUUUCGAGGGAUGUAUUCAGGAGCUAUAAUUCGGCAACCGAGAAUUUAAGCUCUAAUUCUCAUCGACGUCGUUGGAUGAGACAUCGUUUGCGAUCCUUAUUCAAAAUUUAA